AUGGCACCCAACCCAAACGCCCCCAACGACGAAUACAAAAAACUCGUUGAGCAAAUAUAUGCACUUCAAAAAUCACUGGAUCAAGCGAUGACAGAUCCACAUAGCCCCCGAUUGACGAUUCAACAUAUAAAAGAUUUUUUUACAUUAGAAGCAGAACUUAUAGAGAUGCUGCGUUUAGCUGAUUGGCAAGAGGAGAGUUCGAAUGAAACAUCUGAUCAAGCUCAAAGGACGAUCACUCCUAAUCUUCUCCGCUUGAUAGCUGACAGUCUUGAUUCGAAGCUUUCUCCAGAUUUUGAACUUCCUAAUCCCGGGGCAAAGGAGUGGUAUGGGAUUUUGGUGUUUGUAACUCUGUUAAGUGACUGUUCUCAUCCAGUCACACUCCCGCCUAAUCCUGAGCAAGACAAGGAAGACGGCAAAGAGGAAUGUUCAAUUUGCAUCACUAAGUACGAAGAUGGCCAGAGAUACAUUGAAUUCCCCUGUCACACAACUCAUAAAAUUUGCGAGGAGGAUUUCGCUCUUCUUGCUGCCAGUUUAUAUUUUAUUGCAUGUCCGUUUUGUCGUAAACUUCCCUUUAAUGAAUGA